AUGGCUUCCUCCGAGAUCAGCGCGUAUAAGAAGGCGUUCCUGGAGUCCUGCAUCUCCGCCAAAGUGCUCUCCUUCGGCACCUUUUCCCUCAAGUCCGGCCGUCAAUCGCCUUAUUUUUUCAACGCGGGCUUGUUCCACACCUCGGCUCUCCUCUCGGCUGUUUCCAUUGCCUACGCACACACCAUCAUCGAGUUUCUGGCCGCGAACCCGUCCAUCCCCAAGCCGGACGUUAUCUUCGGCCCCGCCUACAAGGGAAUCCCCCUCGCGUGCGCCACCCUGCUAGAACUCCACCGUCUCGACCCUGCCACCUGGUCGUCCGUCUCGUACAGCUACAACCGCAAGGAAGCCAAGGACCACGGUGAAGGCGGAAACAUUGUUGGCGCGGCGCUGAAUGGGAAGAACGUGCUGGUCAUCGACGAUGUCGUCACGGCCGGUACCGCGAUGAGGGAGUCGAUCGACCUCGUCAAGAGCCAGGGCGGCCAGAUCAUCGGGUUUACCGUUGCGCUGGACCGACUGGAGAAGAUGCCCGGCCCCAGGGAGAAGGAGGGAAUCGAUGAUGGCGAGCCCCGAAUGAGCGCCAUGGGCCAGAUCCGCAAGGAGUACGGCGUGCCCACCACCAGCAUCGUCACCCUCGACGACCUGAUUGCCUUGCUCAAGGGCAAGGACGAUGAGGAGGAUAUGAAGCGUCUGGAGGAGUAUCGGGCCAAGUACCAGGCCAGUGAUUGA